AUGGCGGCUGCUAAUGGCUCUGUGGAUUUACUAAGAAGUUUCACUCGUCCAGGGAAAGGUUCUUGGCUUGGUAAAGGCAACCUGGAGGCGGGACAAGACCAGUCCAGUAUGUCUUUAGAAAAUCUAGUGUUUGGAGCUGGCUACUGCAAACCCACUUCUUCAGAGGGCAGCUUUUAUGUCCCAUCUGAAAACUGCAUGCAGCACGCAUACAAAUGGCAUAAAGACCUCUGUCUUCUGCUCCUGAAUGCUCAAAGAGGACUUCACACGUACUACACCCUCAUAAUGAAUGAGAUUCCUGAUUUGCCACAGCUGAAGUUGGAGGAGCUAUCUGUGGAAGAGACGUUGUCCCAGCUUUGUAUGGAGCUGCAGCUGCUGAGCAAUCCAGAAAAGAUAGCAGAACAGAUAAGCAAGGACCUUGCCUGGCUUUGUUCUCACCUCCUGGCCCUGUGGACCCAGUUCCUAGAGGUGGCAACACUCCAUCCAGAAGUCACAGCUUAUCUGACUCAGGAACAUCACAUGCUAAGGGUGAGGAGAUUCUCAGAAGCCUUCUUCUACACUGAGCACCAGAAACCUGCUGUGCUCACAUUCCAGGAAGGCCUGAUCCAAAGCCACGCACAGAUUUCUACAGAAAUUCGUAACUCGGAGUAUUUCACCAGCAUGCCCCCGCUGCCGGCAGAAUGCCUCGACAUCGACGGGGACUGGAACACUCUCCCAGUUAUCUUUGAAGACAGGUACAUGGAUAUGCCUUGCAAAGAUCAGAAUUUGGAAGUUUUCUCAGAUUUUGAGGUUCCUGCAAAUACUCAAAUGGAUGUAAUAAAUGAAAAUGAAGACUGUGCAUCAAAUGAUGCCACUGCAGUAAUGAAAGGAGACUUUGGGAAAGGUAUUCCACUAAUACAUGACAGGAUAAACAGGAAUCCCUCAUGCUUAUACAGCAGUACUGAAGGUGCUGCUGAGGGUUUAAACCAGCACUCCACGUCUCAGGUAUAUACAGCGAACAAAGAAGGCCAAAGGAAAUCUGAAAAUAUUUUUGUUUCAAGAAGGGAAACUGUUUCUGACUCAGAGUCAGGCAAUACAGAACACAUAUCAGGAGACUUUGAAACACCCAAGGAAGUUUUAUUAAAAGAUAAUAGACUUGGGGCAGAUGUUACUUGUGGAGACACAAAACCUAGCAAUAAGGACUCUCACAAAAGUGAGCCUGUGUUAAUUGUCAGUGGUCAGUAUGAGUGUGGAGCAUGUGGAACUGAUGGCUCAGAAGACAGGACUGAAAUACGUGAAAUAGAUGAAUCUGGUCAUCCUGAGAAUAAUUUCACUUCAUCUGAGCUUGCACUGAAUGAUUUGACCAGUCUUGAAAAACCAGAUGAUCCUGACACCAAGGCUCAUCUCCCUGUUUUGAAACCUUUGCCCUCACACUGCUUUGAAGCGAAAUUGCUCACAAAGGAGCAACGAAGUGAGGAGAGUGAAGAGUUUACCCUCAUGACAGGGGUCAUUAAAAGAUCUUCCUCUAUAAUAUCUGAUUCGGGCAUUGAAAGUGAACCAAGCUCAGUGGCGUGGUCUGAUGCUCGGAGUCGGGCGCUGGAGCUGCCCAGUGAUCGAGAGAUCCUGCACCCCUUGGUCCGGAGGCACGCCAUCCACCGGAACUCCCUGGAGGGCGGACACACGGAAAGCAACACCAGCUUACCCAGUGGGAUCCAAGCAUCGCUCACAUCCAUCAGCUCUUUGCCUUUUGAGGAAGAGGAACGGGAAGUGGAGCUCACCAAACUGACAAAAUCUGUCUCAGCUCCUCAGAUCAGUAGCCCAGAAGAGCCCACGGAGGAGGUGGAUAUAUCCAAACAUGGUGAGGCGACCUCAGGAGACCAAAACCCAAAAAGCUGCAUGGAAACAGAGGGUGAAGAUGCGAAAUUAAUCAUUGACUCUUCUGAGUGUCAAAUCACCACUGAAAGUGGACAAAUAGAGCCAAGACAACAUCCCAAACUCCCCCUCAAACACAGUAGCAGUAACACUGAGUUACAAGGGGAGGAGGAGAAAGGUUUUCCAGAGACUUGCUGUAGUUUGGAAAAUGCAAGACCACCCCUUUGUCCAAAGCAGCUCCAAGAUAAUGUCUCUGAGAGCCAGUCACUGGAGAGCAAUGGUGAGUGCAGCUUAAAAACACCAAGGGCUUGUAAUUACUUGGACCAAAAUAUAGAUAAGUUCGAUACAUUCAUUGAGGAUCCAAAGGAUAAACUUAAGCUGGACAAAUUAAAAAUACAACAGGGCUUCUGCAAUAGCAGAAUUUCAGGAGAGGAGAGUUUCUCUCAAAGUGUAAAGGUGGUACCAGAUUUGUGCUAUCCCAUUACAGCUCCGUCAGAGACCUCCACUGAAUUUGACUCACUGCAAGGAGAGUAUGGCAGCUCUCUUGCUGAUGAGAGCUCAGCAGUGUGUGCAGAAAUGCAGGUGUUACAAGAAAUAGAGCUCAAUGACUCACCUGCCCCAGCAGACCCUGCAGCAGGGUCCUACCAGGCUGAACAUCCUCAGGAACCCAACAGCCAAGAGCAUAAACUUGUAGCGAACGGCACCGGGUUUCCUUUGGCAGUGACGGAGGGAGUAACCCUGGAAAGCAGGAAGGUUGCUGAUGUGGUUAACCUGUCAGUCUCUUGCACAGCCACGUGUCUUCCCUUCUCUUCCGUGCUCAAAGAGACCCCCGCCAUGGUCGGCUUCUCUGCAAAGCAGGCUGUGAUCCCUAUCACGCGCCAGCCCCUGGGCUCCUUCGGAGUUGUCUCUUCUAAUUCUGAUGAGGUGGAUGAAGAGACGAACGAAAGAAUGCUGAAUUUUUAUCAGGCCAAAGAAAAAUUUAAAAAAGAAAUGAAGAUUGAAGGAUUUCUGUACAGUGACUUAUCUGUACUAGCUUCUGAUAUCCCGUAUUUUCCACCAGAGGAAGAGGAAGAAAAUUUAGAAGAUGGAAUUCACCUGGUUGUGUGUGUCCAUGGGUUGGAUGGUAAUAGUGCAGAUCUGCGCCUGGUAAAGACUUUUAUAGAACUGGGACUUCCUGGUGGAAAACUGGACUUCCUAAUGUCUGAAAGAAAUCAGACUGAUACUUUUGCUGAUUUUGAUACAAUGACUGACCGAUUAUUGGAUGAAAUUAUUCAGCAUAUCCAGUUGUACAACCUCUCCAUAUCCCGAAUAAGUUUUAUUGGACAUUCCCUUGGUAACGUCAUCAUUCGAUCUGUACUAACUCGACCCAGGUUUCGCUAUUACCUCAACAAGUUACACACUUUCCUGUCCCUCUCUGGCCCUCACCUGGGAACCCUUUACAACAACAGCACUUUGGUUAGUACAGGUCUGUGGCUCAUGCAGAAGUUGAAAAAGUCAGGGUCUCUUUUGCAACUGACCUUCAGGGACAAUGCGGAUCUGCGCAAGUGUUUCCUCUAUCAGCUCAGCCAAAAAACGGGUCUUCAGUACUUUAAAAAUGUUGUGUUAGUGGCCUCACCCCAAGACAGAUAUGUACCCUUCCAUUCAGCAAGAAUAGAAAUGUGCAAAAAUGCACUUAAGGACAGACACACAGGUCCUGUUUACGCAGAGAUGAUUAACAACCUGCUCCAGCCUUUGAUUGGGGCAAAGGACUGCACUUUGAUCCGACACAACGUGUUCCAUGCCCUGCCGAACACGGCCAACACGUUGAUAGGCCGGGCUGCCCACAUUGCCGUGCUGGACUCUGAACUUUUCCUGGAGAAGUUUUUCCUUGUGGCAGGACUCAACUACUUCAAAUAGUGCCUGAAGUACCGGGUAGCAGAGGCCAACCUUUUCACAGAACAGAGGAGAAUCCCUUAGCCAAAGGAAUGCAGUGUUAGAAAUGAGAUCAGGUGGGACUUUCAAACUUUCCAUUUCCAUUUCUCUUUCAGAGAAUAAAGUGCUAUGGCUUUAAGGCAUUCAAGCUUCCAAGUAUUGGUGCUUUUGGAAGAAAUAAAUAUUCCUCUUCGGUUUCUAUGUUCUUUGUCCACAUAAAGACAUGAGCCACUUCUGGACUACAGAAUCAGAAUAAGCAGGCUAAUUCUCCAAAUGUGUUUGGACCAAUAUAAUUCCUGUUUCUCCUGAAUAUUAAACCAGGAAUUUGUCUGUCCUUGAUUUAAUGCUUAUUUAUGUAUUAACAAAGCUAUACAUUUGUAGCACUUUUGGGGUAGUUAACACAAGAGGAAACAAGUGUAUGUGAACUCAGGUUAAAACCUCCUUUGUGAUGAGCUGAGAAGUCUGAAAACCAUUUAUGAAAGUUUCAGUAUUUCUGUUUGUUGCAAGAAAAUAUUUGGAUGAUUCCAU